AUGGGUAAAAAGGUGAAAAGUACUCUAGUACUGAUUAUUCUUAAAAAAUAUUUCUGUUUUUUUUUUUGUGUUUGUUUGUUUUGUUUUUUGUUUUUUUUUACUUAAUGUUUUGUCAAGAGAUCAUAAUAGGACUCUUCGCUUGGUUUUGUUUUAUUCUUUCAACUCGGAACCUUCCAUCCCAUGCGGCCGAUUCCGCUUUUGUUCUGAGCCCGUAGUAAUGUCCCAUUGCGGUUUUCCAGGUUCUUGCGCGGGGACUGGGCUUCUCACACCGUCAAAGUUGUGUCGUUGUGAAUUUCGUUUGAAGUUGAUGGGUUAUCUCUGCUUUGAAAGGUAACGUUUUUUAUCGUUUGUAAAAGAUCUUAAGACCAGAAUCCUGCUGCAAACUGUAAGAAAUUGUUUCGCCUGCCAUCUUAUCGCGGAAAGUUUUAUUUAGCGAGAGCUGUAAAUCGAGGACAGCCAAGUAUUUCUAAAGUUACUACUACAGUUAGAACCUGUCUCCUCAACGGCCGCCUUGGUGACAGAUCAUAAGAACGUGGCCGUUGUAGAGAGUUAAUGUAUGGACUGUCCGCCAAAAGGCUAAAAAAGGUGCCGUUGUAGAGAGGUUUUAGCAAGAGUCAAUGUAUGAACUGUCCGCCAAAAAAAGUGGCCUUUGCCUUUGGCCAUUAGUGGACGUUCGACUGUAUUUCAGUAUUUAAGCUUCUAUCUCAACCGCAGCAAUAUAAAUUAUUUCAAAAUUAAAUUAAUUUAUAAAAUGCUUCAUUUCUGAUGAUUUCUAUGAACCUUUAAGCUCUAACGCAGAUGAAGAGGACAUAAGAGUUAAACUGACUUCUCUGAUCUGUAUUGUUACGUAGAAAGCAUAAAACGUGGUAACAUCAUACAUUGUAUGACUGUUUGUCAGUUUACUUUUGUCUCUUUUUGUAGCCAGAUGUAAUACAAAGUGAAAAGACCAAACAGAACAACAUAUGCACAAUGGGAAAUACAGGCCUUGGGAAACACAGAGACGUUCAUAGCUCGGAUUCAACCUUGGAAUUUGAAACUGGCAAGAAAAUGUUCCCCAGUGAACAUGAAGCCAAGAGGAUUUUGUCAGGUGCGUUGAAAUGUUGUAUCAGUACAAACUGCAUGAGAUGAAGAGUGCCUUAUUACUUAACCCUUUAAGCCCCAAUAUCCACAUACAAAUUCUCCAAACUGAUCUCCAUAGAUUUUCUUAAGAAUUACUUGAGAGAAUUUGAUAAAAGAUCAUGGCAUUUUUCCUUUGGUGAUCAUUUUAUUAAUUCUCAUAACUUUAUCUCUUGACAAUGUAUGGAUAUUAUUAGGAGAAAAUUGUUUUUGGUCACUAUUGGCACUUAAAGGGUUAAUACUUGCCAAAGCACACAAAUUAUGCAUGUGUCACAUGCAAUCAGAUUGAAAAUCCCAAUCACACCCCUUAUUGGCCAGCUCAGGGGUGAUUAGCCAAAUACUAUUCACCUCCCAGCAACCAAAGAGAAACAAAUAGCUUUUGAGAAUGAAAGUGGACUUUUUUAUUGAGCACAGAGCAUUGGAUUCCAAAAUAGUGUAAUUUUGGUACCGAAGGUCAUUCAUUUGAUCACCUAUUUUACCGUGUGACUUUGUGAGCAUCAAUAUGCAUUGCAUGGUGCACAAGAUUUCAAAAUAAAAAUUCAUAGCAUUUGGCCAGAAGAAAUUAAUUCUUUGGUUUGACAGUUACUUUUCUGUCCCAGGUAUUUCCUAAAAUCAAUUUAUUUAUUACUCAGGAAAGUGUUGGUUAAAGUGGUGAAUAUUUUACAGCAAGGAGACCGCUUUUGAUUUAUUCACAUUCUUUCGUGCAGAUUUAAUCCAAUCAGAAGCCAGCUGGAAACUGUCCUCAACUUCUGAUUGGUUAAUGUCUGCUUGAAAGAAUGUGAGUUUAUUAAAGGAGGUCACAGUUUUGGGCUCCUUUCUGUUAUACCAAACCAUGAAGCAGCAAAGUAAAUGCCCAUCACUUUUUUUCACUUCCACUUUGGUUAAUUACGGUUAUUAUAAUAUACACGAAAAAAUUACUCAAUUCUGAUUGGCUGAGAAAGGAGUGCAAACUUGUAACACAAGUGCAAAUUACAAAUGGUUUCUGAUUGCCUGAAAACACAAAAGAAACCACCAAGAACAAAUCAGAUUAGAGCUGUUUUAACAACAAAAUUCAAAAAAAUGGCCACGGUUUUCAGCAGACAAUGACGGAAUUUAAUUUUGUACGCAAAACAACAAUAGAAAAGUUAAAAAAAUAUUCCAAAAACCCGAACACAGUAAAAAGUACGGGCUCGUGCACUUUUGUUGGUCUUUGAAAAAUUUACUCAUGCUUAUUUAUUCCAAAUCAGGGCUGUGCUCUAGCAGAGCCCGGUGGCCCCUGGCGCCUAACUUUUGCCCUCGGGCGACUAGAAAAUCUCAAAUUUUUCAUGCAAAUCAUAUGCUGGGCACCCUAGAUUAUAAUGUUUCAGAGCACUAGGCUCCCUUCAAUUUUCCUUAGAGCACAGCCUUGCCAAAUUGCACGCGAAAUCAUGUGAUAACCUAUACUUACUAGAUUCUCUUUCUCUAGAUCUAUAAAUUUAUGAAUCAGGGGGAAUAAGAAGUCUCUGAUGGUCUUAUUCCACACAUCUACUCAAAAGUAUAAUUCACUUAAACAUGUAUAAAUGUAUCUCUAGCAAGGGAACCAGAUAUGGACAGCUACAGUGACUAUGAUUAUGAAGAUGAUGCCAUGGAGCCGGAGCCACCACAGAAAAGAACAAUACCAACAGUGUUUAGAUGGGAGAACGGCGGCAGAGACGUGCUACUGGCUGGGAGUUUUAAUGAAUGGAAAGCAAGGAUUCCCAUGAACCUGAGGUUAGGGUUAACCAUUUUGUGAUCCUGUAUUUGAAUUUCAGUGCUACCAAAAUUGUUGAAAAGGGUUCAUAUACUGGCUCUAUCAUUUACCACUAGUUAAAUUCUUAAAAUGAUGUGAGGAUGGCCUGAAAAAAGAAGGUCUUGUAGUAGCCUUGCUUCUUUUUUAGGAGAGCUUUUGGACCUUAAGGGUCCAUACCAGGCUAUUUUUGACAAUUCAAGGUCAAUUAACAAUUAUUGCCUGCGUUAUUCCAGCAAAAAAUGUACCCCCCAACUGAAGACACAUUAUUAAUUUUUUACUCCCCCUCUUCCCCCUGGGUUUCUAAAAUUGCUUGAGCGGCUCUGCCCUCAGGAUUUCUAGAGCACCCUGAUUCUUUUACUCUUUGCUACAUAUCUUAAGCACCUUUUUGCUAAUAUUUAAAGGAAGUGUAUGUACAUGUUCUGUUUUUGAAAGUUUGUAUUAUCAUUGUUAUUCGUUAUUUUCUUUUUGUAGUCAAGGAGAAUUUUCAGCUAUAAUUGAACUUCCUGAAGGAGAACAUGAGUACAAGUUUUGUGUUGAUGGGCGCUGGAUUCACGACCCAAAUGCUGUGAGUACUUAGCACAAGAUAAUUUAUGAAGAUAAAAGUCAAUUUCUAACCAUACAUAAUUGUGUCUAUACAGGGUUUUCAUUAAGUGCCAGUAGCCGGCUAAAAACCGGCUACUGGGAGGUUUGAGCCAUCUACUUUUUUGGGAAAUAGGGUAAAGUGAGAGAGUGAAAGCCUCGAAUUGCCUACAAAACUCAAUUGGCAAGGCACCUACUUUUACAUCCUAACUGUCUACUUUAAAAUGUAAUGAGAACCCUGUAGUAUGUUAAUCAUUAAUAAUAAUUUAUUAUGUUUGUAUGUAUCGUCUUCCUGCCAAGCAGCAGUUAAAUGUUAAGAAGUAGUAUUUUCAAUGGAGGGGGAAGAGGAGCCAUGACUGCAGAAAUGACGUUUCCAUAAUUAUCCAAAGUGAUCAAUCACCUUACAAGGUGGUCAAAGCAUUUUUUCUAGAAAAAUAAAGCAUUUUAAAAUAAGACUAAAAUUAUGCCUAAAGUGACACACUUGCUCAAUAUAAAAAUCUCACUUUGCAAAAGUGGAGUAAAAACCAACUACAGUAUAUUACAUUGCAUUGCAUGCUCAUUAAUGCACCAAUUACAUCUACAAAAACCUUUCACAGGAGAACAUAGAUCUGACAUUUUAAGUCAACUUUGUUGCACUGAUAGAUCUUAUAUCAUCCAUUUCAACUGCAUACAUUAAUAAGCCCUUUUUACUUUCUUCCUUACCAACAGCCAACCACAAAUGACAAUUUUGGAGGUAGAAACAAUGUGAUCAAUGUGAAGAAGUCUGACUUUGAAGUGUUUCAAGCUCUCGAGUCUGAUGCAAGUGCAAGUAUUGGUUCUGCUGGAUCAAUAAGUGAGUUACUAGCAAGGAUUAAAAAUUAAUAACAUAAGCUAUAUCAAAGGCUUGCACCACUUGCAGUUAAAGAGCAAAAAGUACAAUCAUUCAAAACUCAACUACCCUUAAUUAUAUUAAUUGCCCCUUUUUAAAUAUAACUUGAGUCCCUUUUGUACUGCUUGUGACAUGAGCCUUAUUAAUGAUCUAAUUUCUGCAGGGGGAAAAGAACACUCAAAAACCAUAAUUGAAUGAGUUCAAGGUCUUUAUAACAGCAACCCUCCAAGUUGCGACCAUUUUGGUCGCCAUAGCGCCUAAGAUUUUGCAACUAGCGACUUGAUUUGUAAAAAAGUCUCCCUAAACCAAAAGAGUUGGUUGCCAAAUGGUGACAAAGCAAAAACUUUAACUUAGAGGGUUCAACAGGCCAGAGAAAAAUACACAAGAAAUACAAUGGAAAGUUGACUAGAAAAUUCCAAUAAUGAUCUUUUUCACUGCCCUCUACAUUAACCUGACCUGUUUAAAAUAAAUUAAAAAGAAUUAUUCCAGAAUCCAUGGAGUCUUGCCCAAACUUUUUCCACCAAAACGAUUUAAGCCUGGUAAAUUCUCAGCAAAUGAAAUAUGUGGGAAGCAAAAAAAGGGAAAGAAGGUGGUGAUGAGAGAAAGCAAAUGGUGACAUUAGACAAUGUUGAGUACCACGGUGACCAUAAAACUAAAAAAUCUCAACAAUUUGUCUUUAACACUUGCUCAAACUUCAGAAGCUUUUUUUUCAGGCUAUUAUAAGUAAUAUAAUUAUUACUGUAUGUUAGCUCAUGGUUAUUCAGGGCUCAAAUAAAGUCCCAUUUGGUAGUCCAAGACAAGUAGAUGUCCUUUCCAUGAAGACAAAGGAAACCAUCUUAGAUUUCCAAAACUGGUCUUGCCAAUUAAACAGUUCUUAAUAUAUAGAUUUAGCCAGGGCUAAAAGCGAAGCUCUGGUUAAUAAUACGUGUAAACAAAAAACAUUAAAUCUUGUGACGCUAAACAGGGGACGACAAUGAAAAUGGCUUCAAGAGUAAUAGAUCUAAUUAGCAAAAAAACAAAUUGCACGUGCAGCCACUUUUUCUUCUAAUUAGCAAAAAGCAAAUUUGCACGUGCAGCACGCUUUUCUGUCUUUCCCUUGCCGUUGUUUUGCAUGACUACAACACUGUUUUGUACGAGUAAAACAUCAAACUUCCUAGUUACACACUAUUUUUAUGGAGAAAUUGUCGUAUGUGCUUCGCUUUUAUUUUUCACUGCCGCUCAUUUUCAACUUGCUGGCUGCCAGCAUUUCUCAUUUUCUCACCGCCGCUUUGAAUUUCCAUGUUUUUGUUCCAACGAAUUUUCAAUAACUCGCUCUAGCUUUUUCUCUGUUAUCCACGUUAGUGUACACAUAAAAAAUAACGCCAAAAAAAGACACGACUUUUUUCUUUCUACAAGUCCGUUCAGCCAUGUGAUUUCCUUACAAAUAAAAUCUUGAGUUGCAUUUGGGUUCCCAUACCUGUUGAUUCAGUUAUUUUACAUUGGUAUCCCUGUGGUGCGGACGGACGGUCGUACGGUCACGCGAUUACCAAAUUUUCUGGGAUGGGUAGAUUACCACAUUUCCUUAGCUAUAUGGGGCUCCGCCCAUGCGCGCGCUUCACGUGCGGGUGGAGCUCCGCUAUUAAGACUCUAUGGCUACCAUUCAUUGUUGGGGCCUAAAUCUCUUCACGUUAACAACAACAUUAAAGGAGUUAUACACAGAUAGGGUCAAGUAACAAUAAUUUUUAAUACAUUAGCAAGUCACCCUCUAACAUAAUCACUAAGACGAGCAAGAAGUGACCCCUGGCAAGCAAAAAUAUACAUGAGAGCUACUUGCCCAAAGGACAAGCUGAAAUUCAAGGUUUUUUUGUUGUCGUUUUUCCGAGCCCUAUUCUAACUUACAAUCUGCUUCCUUUACUGUUAUAGAGUCAUUGUCUGGAUCUCCCCCUGGUUCCUAUAGCCAGCUUAUUCCAUCACACCACACACCUGUUACAGUGCGUGACGGAAUGCACUCCAGUGUUCCUCCAGUACUUCCACCUCACUUGCUCCAUGUUAUACUCAACAAAGAGGUUGUGGAUCACAAUGACCCAUCACUGCUUCCUGAGCCAGAUCAUGUGUCUCUCAAUCAUCUUUAUGCACUCUCCAUCAAGGUGAUUACUGGUACAUGGUGUUAUUAAUGAGAAUCAUUAUUUUGCUUAAUUGGGCAUUUCCAGAAUAAUUUAUCCAAAACAUACCACGGACAGCUAAGUUUUAGAAUUCUGGGGGCAAGGGGGUUCUUUGAACUGGAAAUUUGAAGGCAUGCAUACUUACAAAGAAUUAUUGGAAUCCAGCAGGUAUGGGGGUUUUAGAUCUGGAAUUUCCACAGGGGACAGACAAAAGUUUAUUCCUUGAAAGUGCUUAUAUGUUAUGGACUACUUAAAAGAAGAAAAAUGAUGUCUUUUGGAAAAGAAAGCUUGAUAGAAUUUUUUUUGGCGCAUAAAUCUGUUUUGCAAGACUUAGUACAUGUAAGAAUGGUUAAGAGUGCACUCACUAAUACAUAACUGUAGCCUAAAUUGGCUUAGCUAAGCAGGUAUCAAGUACUUUUUGUUCUGUUUUGUUUGUUUAUUUGCUUGCUUGUUUCAUUUUUAUGACAGCAUUAUUGGUGUAUCUAUUUUUACAUGUUUAUGUUCUAUUUUUUUGGUAGGAUGGUGUGAUGACAUUGAGUGGAACUCAGCGGUAUAGGGAGAAGUUUGUCUCAACUCUUCUUUAUAAACCCAUCAAUUGUAAAUAGCCUGUGCAAAGGAUAGUAGCAUCUUAAAAAAGAAACAUGUAUAAAUAAAUUAUCGAACAUUUUUAAUAAUAUUAUGCCAAAGGUUACAGUCUUUUUGUACAAUAAUAGUUUAACAGCCAUUUUUCACACUUUCCUUCAAAUUCUGUCAAAAUGACAGACAAACAGAUGCCUGAUGUUCAAAAGUAACCAAGAUGAAUUGUCCAUCUGACUUGGAUUACUCAACAGAAAAUCUGUUCUAGAUGGGUAGCCCUUUGCUAGGGUAAAAACUGCUAAUAUGAAGAGCAUUCUUUGACCUACAGCCUGUACAAUGUACCUACAAAAGCUGUUUUCUCCCACAGAUUUACUCAAAAGGUCCACCACAUCAAGUGUGAAAACAUAAGAUAAAUUAAGGAACUAACUGUUGCUUUUGUUCAUGGUUUUGUGGAUACAGUCAGCUCUUGCCUGGCUAUGAUGGACACCCUGAUAAUGCAAACAGCAGCUAAAUUCCAAACAAAAAUAUAUUACAGAAUUUUCACUGAAAUAAACUCCCACAAUACGGGCUCUCACUAAUAAGAACCAGGGGCGGAUCUAGGGGGAGGGUGCAGGGGGUGCACACCCCCCCUGAGAUGACUUGCAGCUUUCUAAUUAACACUGUGCAGUCGCUUCACAGCUAAUACAAAAUUUGCUGUAUCGUUUGAUAUGUAUUCUCAGCAGCUCACAUUAUGUUAUUGCCUAGUCAAAAGCCUUCUUCUUCAUAUUCGCUUUUAAAAUUUGUUUACGUCAUCGAUCAGUUACGCCAUCCCUUAGUGCUGCACCCCCUCCUAAGAAAAAUCCUGGAUCCACCCCUGAGAACACUAGCUCGAGGUCUCUUUAGCGCUGCUAUAGAGAGUUGACUGUACAAUGUACUUGAUAUUCCAGGAGUGGCUAUGAUUUUUAGAACAGGGGGGUGACACUGCUGCACACCCAGGGUACUUGCCAGAUUGGGAGCAUGAGGGCAGAGACAAGCCUUAAGGCUGUGCCCUGAGAAAAAUUGAAGGGUGCCCUGGAUCUGUGUAAUCCAGGGUAUCCAGCAUAUGAUUUCUAAUUAUGAAAAAUUCUUAGAAUCUGAUUUUCUAGUCACUGAGGAGGAAAAGUUAGAUGCCAGGGGCCACUGGGCAUUGCUGAAGCACAUCCAUGAGGCUGCAAAAUAGCUGCAUACAUGUAGAUGGGUCACCCAGUAAGAUGGAAUAAAAUGUUCUUAUAACAAGUGCUGACAACAAUACUUUGAUACAAAACGUUUUUAACAAAGUGAGCUUUCAAACUGUGGUAUUUUUAACAAAAUAUUUGGAAGACAGCAGCCUUCAAAAACAGCAAAUUUUAAGAUUUAAGUUAAAGAGUGGAAUUUUCUAAUGUUUUGGUGGAAAAAAAGGAAAGGGAUUUUCCAUAGGCUUCCCAGGAUUGCCCCCCAGCCAUGAUGUUAUUAGAUCUACUGGUACUUGUAACAAGAGAAUGAAAAAUAGCUUAAACAGAGAGGGCAUUCUGUAAAAGGCUGUUUGUAGUAACCAGUAAGUUGAAAAUAACAAACCUAAGAAUGAUUAAAAAAUACAGGAGUG